AUGACCGAGAUCGAAAAUUCUACCUCUAUUCAAAUUCCACAGACAAAAGGUAAAGGUAAAGCCAUCGAAGAAGAUAUAGUUGCAGAUAAACCUAAACCAGCUAAUCAAGUAGCAGUCGAAUAUCAACUUAAGGCUAUCGAGUGGAUUGAACCUUCUUCGGGAAAAAUUCGAAAACUAAAAGUUAUCACGCAAAAUGAGAAUGGACCUUGCCCUUUAUUAGCACUCUGUAAUGUAUUGCUUUUGCGAGGAGAUAUUGAAAUCAAACCAUAUGAUCGACCAACUGUUACUUACGAUUUUCUCGUAGAAUUAUUAGGAGAUUAUUUAUUGAAAUCAAUUCCACAAGGAGAAGCUGAGGUACAUAUAACAAAUAAAGUUCAAUGUAUCGCUUUAGAAAAUGGUGUGGCGGAAAAAGGGAAUCAUCAAACUAAUGGUGCUUUCGAUUUAACAAGGCCAUCUUUGCAAGAUUAUCAUCAUACACUCAACGCUGCUCUAUCUAUCAUUCCAUCAUUACAAACUGGGUUAGAUGUAAAUGUUCGAUUUAACUCAAUUCACGGAUUUGAACCUACUGCGGAAUUAUCUGUCUUUGAUGUUUUCCAUGUAGAUCUGGUUCAUGGAUGGGUAGUAGACCCUCAGGAAGAAGAUACUUGGAAUGUAGUUGUUGGAAAAUGUAGUAGCUAUAAUAGAGCGGUAGAAUGUGUUGUCGGAGGUGAUUCUGUGAGCAAAGGUGUUGUGGUAGAAAGUUCUAAUAAAGCUUCAAACAAUGGUUUUGAGAAUUCGCAGGAAACUCUAAAUGAUGAGGAUAGUGUUAGAGUACGUGAUGCUCUAAUUACUUCUCAAUUUUUGGAAUCUACUGCGACACAACUCACAUAUCAUGGUUUGUUAACAUUAUCCGAAACUUUACCGCCAGGAAACCUUUGCGUAUUUUUCCGGAAUAAUCAUGUGAUCACUGAUGCAGGAUUUGUUCAUGAAAGAUCUGUAGUAUGGGAAUCUCUUAGUGAUGUUGAUCAAAAAGCUUCAGAAUUUGUAAAUGGACAAUUUCAAAAAGGUGAAGCUACAGGCGGUGAUUAUGUAGACGUAAUAGAAGAACAUAACGACUUGAUGGGAGGUGGUGAUCAAGAUUAUGCUUUAGCUUUAAGUCUUCAACAACAAGAAGAAGAACAAGCAGCCGAGUAUCGACGUCAAAAAGAACUACAACGUAAACAAGAAGAAGCACAAAGAAAACAACAACAAAAGAAAAAUCAUAUUUUACCUGAUGAUUCUAAUCCACAAACUUCAACUAGCAGAUUAAAAUUAUUUUUAAUGACAUUAUAA